UGUACAUUUUCAAGGCAAGGAAUACUAACAAAAAAAUACAACAACUGCAUAAUGCAUCCAAGCCACACUUGCUUGAAAAUUAAAAAGAAAAAUCACACACACACACACACACACACACACACACACACACACACACACACACACACACACACACACACACACAGACAAACACGCUCCUCCUGCACACAAAACCAGCCCAAGAAGCCAAUAGAACAGAAAGAGCAGGGGGUCUUGGAGGAGAUUUGCAUGGCACCCUCUCCCCGGACCCACAGACGUCCAGGUUUGCAGACGUCACUGGUCGAUUAUCUUUGUUUUCUCUCCACCUCUCGGAGGAGGAAUACAAGUUUAUCAUCCAGCCCGGGACGGGACGGUCUCCUCUGCCCCUCUGCUCUUCUUCUUCCUCCGUCUGUCGCCUUGCACUCGGCUAUUUCUCCUGUAUGGUGGAUAUCCUGCUCAACACUUCUUUCUUGGAUGAUAUGGGGGAUCAUUCAAAAAAGAAGUCAGGAAUCGCAAUGUGUGUGGGCUGUGGAAGUCAGAUACACGACCAGUACAUCCUGAGAGUGUCCCCGGACCUGGAGUGGCACGCAGCCUGCCUCAAGUGUGCAGAGUGCAACCAGCAUCUGGACGAGACCUGCACUUGCUUCGUCCGAGACGGAAAGACUUACUGUAAAAGAGAUUAUGCAAGGUUAUUUGGCAUCAAAUGUGCAAAGUGUAACAUGGGCUUCUGUAGCAGCGACCUGGUGAUGAGAGCCCGUGACAAUGUGUAUCACAUGGAGUGCUUUCGGUGCUCGGUGUGCAGCCGACACCUCCUGCCGGGGGACGAGUUCUCCCUGCGGGACGACGAGCUGCUGUGCCGGGCGGACCACGGCUUGAUGAUGGAGAGGGCCUCAGCAGGGAGCCCGCUGAGCCCGGGGAACAUUCACAACAGACCGCUACACAUCUCAGACCCAGUUUCGGUCCGGCACCCUCCACAUCACCGGAAUCACGUCCACAAGCCGUCGGAGAAGACCACCAGAGUGCGGACGGUGCUCAACGAGAAGCAGCUCCACACACUGCGGACCUGCUACAAUGCCAACCCGAGACCGGACGCUCUGAUGAAGGAGCAGCUGGUGGAGAUGACCGGCCUGAGCCCCAGGGUGAUCCGCGUCUGGUUUCAGAACAAGCGCUGCAAAGAUAAGAAGAAGUCCAUCCUGAUGAAACAGCUUCAGCAGCAGCAACACAACGACAAAACCAAUCUGCAGGGCCUGACAGGCACACCUCUGGUGGCAGGCAGUCCUAUCCGCCACGACAACACCGUGCAGGGGAAUCCUGUGGAGGUGCAGUCCUACCAGCCUCCAUGGAAAACCCUCAGCGACUUCGCCCUGCAGACCGAUCUCGACCAGCCUGCUUUCCAACAACUGGUGUCUUUCUCUGAAGCGGGCUCUCUGGGGAACUCCUCGGGCAGUGAUGUGACCUCUCUUUCGUCUCAGUUGCCGGACACUCCGAACAGUAUGGUGCCGAGUCCCGUGGACACGUGAGGAAGUACCGGGAUCAGCUGGAGGCACCGAGCUGCAGGAAUGCGCAAAAACCCUCAGUGACAUUCAGAGAUGAACGAAUAUAACAGCCAGGAUGGAUUUUGCUGGAGGAUCAUUUCAUUCAAGUCCCCUUUGGAGGAUUUGAGGCCUGACUGUUCCCUGUACAUCUAGGUAUCUGAUCCCACUCUCCUGCCCCAUGACCCUUUGGCAGGACACGCAGCUGUUCAUGGACAUUCUGGUUUUCGAGCUAUAUAUGGGACACCUUGCCUCCACGACGCCCACACCUGAACUGAACACAACGGGAAUAUAUGGUGGGAUUUAAACACGGGAGCCUGCUCUGGACGUCCGAACGCUAAUGCUUACAGUAUGUUUUAAAGGAAAAAAAAUACAAGCUGUGUAGAUGUGCAUGAUUUCCACGUUUCACUAUCGACUAUUGUAAAUUAUUGAAACAGAUAAGAGAGAGAUGCGCGCUGUUCGCGAUUCCUCCAGAAAAAAAAUAAGUUAUUAUUAUUUAUUAUUGAAGGCAGACAUGGCUGGACUUAACAAUAAAGGGACUGAUUAUUGCAUGCAAAAUCCAUUUGUUCCAUAAACAUUCAGAAGAUUUUAAUUAUGGUCAGUGAAAAUAAAUCAGUUUUAUGGGAAA